AUGGCUCUGAAGAGGAAAAGGACAGAUCUCUUCUUGGCAGACAAGUAUGAAGCGGUUAAACUCCUUGACCAAAAAGUCCCCCAAACAGAAAUUGCCAAGAAGUUAGGUUGUUCACAACCUCAGAUUAGCGCUAUCUCAAAAAAUAGAGACACAAUACGAAAAGAUUAUGAAACUAGCGCUAAUCCAGAAAGAAAAAGGCACAGAUCUGGGAAGGCACCGACAGUCGAGGGGGCCCUUACAGAAUGGUUUACAAAGGCCCGCAGCAAAGAUCUCCCCGUCUCCAGCGCAGUGCUAACAGAAAAGGCAGAAGACUUGGCAGCACGAAUGAACAUCGAAUUCACCGCAACAAAUGGCUGGUUGUCCCGCUGGAAGCAAAGAAACAACAUAAGUUAUAAGAAGAUGCAUGGAGAGAAGAAAGACGCUAACACAGAUGCAGCCGACCACUGGAUCACAGAUGUUCUACCACAGCUUAUGAAAGAUUACGAGCCGCAGGACAUCUAUAACGCCGACGAAACGGGACUUUACUACAGAGCUCUCCCUGAUGGAACAUUGACGUUCAAGAAAGAUAAAUUGGCUGGUUCAAAAAAGGCAAAGGACAGAGUGACAGUGCUAGUGACAGUGAACAUGACUGGAACAGACAAGCGUCGGCUGCUGGUUAUCGGGAAAAGUAAAGACCCAAGAUGUUUCCGUGGGAAGAAAAGUAUACCCGUGAUCUACAAGAGUUCCGGAAAUGCCUGGAUGACUGGUGAUUUGUUCAAACAGUGGCUCACAGACUUCAACAGAGACAUGGUUCGUCAGAAUCGAAAAAUUCUCCUACUUGUGGAUAACUGCUCAGCUCACCCUAAAGACGCUGCCGACCGACUUACCAACAUCAGACUACAGUUCCUGCCAGCAAACACAACAUCCAUAAUUCAACCAUGCGAUCAAGGCAUCAUUAGGAAUUUGAAAGCCCUGUACAGAUCUCAACUGAUAAAAAAAAUGGUGAGCGAGAUCGACAGCGGCAGCAUCUCAACAACGACGGACCUUGCUAAAAGACUUACACUACUUGACGCAGUGCAUCUUUUGAGUAAAGCAUGGCGGGGAGUCAAAGAAACUACAGUGGUGAAUUGUUACCGGAAGGCAGGUUUCCAGACUGAAUGCACAGAAGAAAUGCCAGAAGAAGAACCAACUAUUCCCGAGUGUAUGGAGAGAGAAGAGUUCUUCGACUUUGUUAAUCACGACGACGAUACCGAUUGUCACAGAGAAAUAACAGACGACGAGAUCUGCACUAAAUUCUUAGAGGAAGAGACAACAAGAAAGCCAGAAGAAGAAGUAAGUGAUGAAGAAACAAGCUUCACUCUACCAGUGAGUUCAGCAGAGAACAAGGAAUCCCUUUCCAACGUUCAAUGUUUCUUGGAGGAAAAUGGUUGUGAGGACUUUAGUGCUUUUUAUGCACUGGAAGAACUAUGUUAG